GCAGGAUCAGGGAACACUUCAGACUGCCGGACACUGACCACAAGAGUCUGUGAUCCAUCCAGAGGGUGGUGGAAUGGUAUAAAGCAACAUCAUAGAAUGAGCAUUCCCUACCAUCUUUGACAUGUCUGACUCAAACCCCAGCUCUCAGGAUACCCAGAUUUCUUCUGGUGAGUGUGCUGAUGUGCUAUGCCAUUGCUUUCCAUGUGUGGGCUACUGGCUCAACCUAUUACCAACACAUCCAUUCAUCCAUGGGACACAGCCUGAUGCUGGUGGUGUGGGUGGAGUGCACCCUCUCCCCUGCUUGCCUCUGGACUCACCUGGCCAAAUGGGCUAUUCUGUACAGCCAUAUUGAUUCCCUGCACAGAUGGUGGGUUCAUCGGCCAAUGUCUUCAGUGGUGGCAAGUCCUUGUCAGCUAGACAAUGCAGAAGUGUCCAUCCCACUCAAUACUAGUUUUGUUGGUGGAACUGUUAGCCAUGUCCAGUUGCAAUUUGCAGUAAACACCAGCUUUGAGGAUUUUUUCUCUUGUAUUUGUGCAAAGAUGGAUCUUGAUCCCAAGGAAGCUCAACUGGGCUACAAAUAUCAUGCUGACCAUGUUCAUGACCCUCCAUGCCAGCUCUCCAAUGCCCAACAGCUUGCAGAAGCAUUUGAACAUAGUUGUCACCUUUUGAAAUGCACUUGGGUGUGGGAGGUUGUUCUUGAGAUACAUAAUCUUGUAAAUAUAUCUGUCUGGGGCUGUCACUUGCCUGGAACUGACACAUUCAUUUGCCAGUGCAAACCAAGUAAAGCAGGAUUAGCUACUUGCCAUCAUCAAGAUGAAGGAGCCCAGGCAUCUGCAGUGGUGGGCUCUGAGAAUGACAACAACCAGGAGCUGGCAACAUCAAUGAGCUUUGCUGCUGAGUUCCACAAGCUGAAGGAGCACCUCAAGUGUGCAAAACAUUUUACUGGAAAUGCAACUUAUGACCACCCACCUGAAUCUAACUUGUUCAACCAUACCCCUACUGCACAAAGUGCUCCUGUCAUCCAUGUCCACCUCCCAAACACAGGUCAACUUAGUGGCAGCUGUUCAGGGCAAGAACCAAGCCUCACAAUGCAAUACUUAACUGGGCCAGCUCCUGAUGAAGAUGAUGUCUUUGCUGUCUAUCCAUCAAUCUCUGAUGCCCUUCAUCAGAUGCACAAGUCAAUGCCUCUUUUGAACAUGCCUCAGUAUGAGGAGAACCUCAUCUCCCAUGGCAUUGCCUAUGUGAACACAGUUAGUGGAAUUUUGGAGGAUUUUUUUGUUGAUGUUGUUGCUUGCCAACUUGCUUGGAGGGCAAGGAAAGGUAAAGAAAGGGCAGCUGAUCCUAGUGACAGUGACAAAGAGAAUGAGGACUCAAAUGCUUCAGUGUGGUGUGGACACACACCUGAAGCUUUGGAAUGCAACAUAGAAUAG